AUGGCCCCUGAAAUGGUGAAGCUAGUUUGGAAGCAUUCCCGCCGCGGUUUGAGCGUCUGUUCUGGAGAAAGAUGUCAGUUUGUUCUGAGGGUGGGUAACUGGGGCCAUUCCACUAUCGCAAAGCAAAAGUACCUUUGCCCGUUUAAGGAGAGUUUCAUGUCGGGCAUGCAUUUAGUAAAGCCUACCGAGCAUAGCUAG